GAUUUGUUCGUGGAUCUUAGCUGUAUGGCACAAUGACGAUGGCUGCCCAGGAUGAGACAGCGGACAGUCAAGCUCUUGUCGCAGCUCUCCAAGACCGCUUGAGGAAAGCUUUGGCAGAGCUGGAUGCCUGUAGAAAGCAUCUUGAUGCGGACCAGUUGGCGGAGCAAUGCUUGAGCAGUGAGCUCAAGGACCAUGCUGAUGUCUUGGAGCCAGUGGCGAAUUUCGCGUCGGGGAAGUCGCUCGACCCCACCAUUCCAGUUCUCGCAUCUUCCUCGGCAGUGCCCAAGGUUGGGGAUCAGGCUUUGGAGCACAGCCUCAAAGAGGAACUAAGCAUGGCCAAGGCACUCCUGAUGUUAAGCAAUGUCUCACUGAGCAUGGACUUGGAGAGCUCAUCCGCAGAGGAAGUGAGUGCGCCGGAGGUAGUUCGACUGAAAGGCAAUCCCAGAUUGAUUCAGCUUCUUAUCACCUUGAGACAGAAGGUGGCUUUGCUGAAGCAGCAGUACCUGCUAUUGCGGGGUGAUAUGCUCUAUUUGAAGCAUGAGAUGAAUGUGUGCAAGAACUGGGUACAACAAUCCGUCCGCACAGCAUUGCAAAGUCAGUUCUGACGUCUGUGAUCGAAGCCGCAACGGGCAUGGUCCUGGUAGAGUCGUAGAGCUUGAUUAUCUUUUGGCAAAGCACCAUCUGAGACCGAUCCAGCGGACAUGCGCCAAGAUGCCCUGGAAGGGCGCGGAACAUUGACAAAGACUUGGCCCACCCAUACUCUUCC